AUGAGUACAUGGCCUUUUCAUACUUGGGUUUUUCUUCCUCUUUUCUUACUUUCCCUUGAAUUUUUCCCAAAUUUUGUCUACGUUCAUUUUAAAAUAUCCCAGCUUUUUCAACUUUUCCUCCAUUCUUUCUCUCUCUGUUGUAAUUCUUUCUUUCUCUCUCUUUCUCUCUCUCUCUUUCUCUCUCAUCUGUUUUGUUUGUUCACGUUUAAAUAUCAUUUUCAUUCUUUCUUUUCCUUAUUUACUCUUCUUUUUUCUUCAUUUUACUUGAAUUUUUCCCCAAUUUUGUCUACGUUCAUUUUAAAAUAUCCCAGCUUUUUCAUCUUUUCCUCCAUUCUUUCUCUCUCUUUAGUAAUUCUUUCUCUCUCUCUCUUUCUCUCUAGUCUGUUUUGUUUGUUCACGUUUAAAUAUUAUUUUCAUUCUUUCUUUUCCUUAUUUACUCUUCUUUUUCCUUUAUUUUACUUGAAUUUUUCCCAAAUUUUGUCUACGUUCAUUUUAAAAUAUCCCAGCUUUUUCAUCUUUUCCUCCAUUCUUUCUCUCUCUUUAGUAAUUCUCUCUCUCUCUCUCUCUUUCUAUCUAUCUAUCUAUCUAUCUAUCUAUCUAUCUAUCUUUCUCGCCGUUUGUUUUGUUUGUUCACGAUUAGAUAUCAUCUUCAUUCUUUCUUUUCCCUACUGA